AUGAACUCGACUCAGCCAGUUUUGACUCUUAAUCAGGCGGAGCAUCAUGGUAGAAUGAAUAUCCCUCGAAUCCACGAUUCAGAGCCUGAUUCAAGUGUAGAUUCCCACCAGGCUGAAGACUUGGGCUAUGGCAACACAAAUAAUGUCGCUGUUCAACCCACUGAGAAUCUGCAUUGGACCUCAGCAGGCAUUCCCGGAACUGCUGAAGAGAAUCUCUACUUUGUUUCGCAUCCGGGUUUGAAUCAAGGACAGACCGGUUCUGGAAUUAAUUUGCUAGAAUCUUUCGGGAUACCAUCAACCGGCGAUUUACCACAAGAGAGCCAAGCGGCCGGCGAUUCUCGAUUUGAGAGCUUCACCUGGUACCCCCCCUUGAAUUGGGACGAACUUCCUGGUAUUGAGGAAGAAGUAAGCACAUCUUUGAGAGUGGAAACAGAAAUUGAGGAGCCAGGUAAGCUGAACCUUGCCCUCAGAAGGCUGCCGAAUCUUGAUCCUGAGGCGGGAGUCUUCAGUACCGGGCGUUUUGAAGACUUGGGAAAUGAUGAGAAUUGGAUGGAAUAUAUCUACGGAUUUCCUCAAAUGAUGCUCAAGGCCGGGACAUACCCACCUUUUGUACAUCCGAGUGUCUACCGUUGCUCCGAAGGAGAGGUCACCGCGCCAUUGGCAAUAGCAUUCUGCUGCUUAGGCUCGUAUAAUGCCGCAAUGCGCAGCAGUGAAAAGUUUGCAUACUCGAUGAUCAACCAAGAACGCGAGAAUUUGAUCAAAGACUUUAUGACGAGAUACUUGGCCCGAACUCAGACCACCAAAAUUAUCUGUGCUCCGCAAGAAACAUGGGAAUCAUGGGCUCUUUCAGAGACAAUUCGUCGCACAAUCUUGCUCGUUCAUAGUAUCAACUCCUUGUCAUGCAGAGUCGGAAGGCAGGACCCUCGUUUAUUCGAAUCUCUAGACGAUGAACUUGUCUUCCAAUCGUCUCUACCUGCAGCUAUUGACCUAUGGAGAGCUAAGACAGCCAGCGAAUGGUCCACCAAGAAAUUAUCAAUGAGCGCCAAAGCAACCGCAAGAGAGAAGAUGAAAAUUGGCACAGCAAUUGAGAGUCUAAGUUUUGGCGAAAUAGCUGGUUACUCAUAUGCUUCAGACCCUGACCAGUACUCGCGGAUGGUGGUAGAUUUAUCUCGAUCAAAUUAUGGCAUUUAG